CCAGUAUGAUAUACGGCCCUAACUGUGCCAGUAACUGCAGUUCCCGACACUGCAAGACGCCCUCCUCUACAUGUGACAGAGAGACAGGACAGUGUCCUGGUUGGUGUGAAGAUGGAUGGACAGAAAUAGACUGCUCCAAAACGUGCACCAGUAUGAUGUACGGCCCUAACUGUGCCAGCAACUGCAGUUCCCGACACUGCAAGACACCCACCUCUACAUGUGACAGAGUGACAGGACAGUGUCCUGAUGGGUGUGAAGAUGGAUGGACAGAAAUAGACUGCUCCGGAAAAUGCAAGCCUGGAACCUUUGGGCGUGACUGUUCUCGUUGUGGACACUGUGACGUCACGUGUAACGAUGGAGAUGGACGCUGUCCGGGAGAAUGUCUGGACGGCUUCACCGGUGACCGAUGUGAUGUGGAUGUCAGGGUAUCUCCUGUUACAACCGGCGUCAUUGGGGGAGCAAUAGGAGUUGCUGUAAUGUUGCUGAUUGGUGGGCUGAUGAUAUGGCUGUUGAAGUCUGGAAGACUGAAAUGGAUUCCCACAACUACCACAGACCCUCAAGAGUUGAGAAAGACGGACACGCCCAACACUGGAGAGAUUUCUACUCAUGCGCCCACUUCCGAUGUGAAAGAUCAAGACUAUACAGAAUUGAAUGAAUUCACCAGGGAGAAGAACAAGUCACCGUAUGAUGUUAUUCAGAACGAAACCAAUCAAAUCUAAGAUUCAUGUCACGGAUAGUGCAACAUCUGAACAUAUGACUUCGGGAUUACUUCAUUGGUAUACAUAUACAUUAGAAAGCAAAGUACCAAUGUCAAGUAGAAAAUGUCAAAUUGCAGUGAUGAUGCCAGCUGCUGAAAUGUCUGAACACCCUUUGUGAAUAUCGGAGGUGCCUUUGAAAAAUACUUAAUAGUUCCCUCUCACUCAAAUUACCAGUUUUGCAAAUAUCAAGCUGAAUAUCUAGUUAUGGCCUUUGGCCGUCGUAUGUAAAAAAGGUAUUCCACAACAAAGCGCGGUAUUCCAGCUGAUGGUGACACUAUCCAGUGACCUGUUGAGAUUUGCCCAAAGGAAACGUGUGAUUAUACGGAAAUAGUAUGAUAACAAAUUGUGGCAGAUAAAAUAUUUAGGUCGUCCACAUAACGUCCUUUUCAAAGUUACAAUCUUGGCUAAAUCAAAUAACACUAAUCGUGUGCUGUUACCAGGUGGCAUCUGAAGGAAAACAUAUCUUAUUAUUGAUCAUUAUUGUGAAUUGUAUGGAUUUACCCCCAAGUCGUAAUAACCGUGAAUGUAAAUAAGUUGUAUUUCAAAUCUAAUUUCGAUUUGACAAUAACAUAUGGUUGAGGCAGCAUUAAUGUCAAAACGAUGUUUUCUUCCUGUUAUAACUCAACUCUCUCUCUCACACAUCCGAGUCACUCGCGUUAUUGGCUUGUUGUAAUGGUCCAGAACAUAUGUGAAGGUUCAGAUAUAUUCUCAAUAUGUUUCAUGUUACUUUGUUCUUGUUAUUUUGAGCACAAUUAUGCCUGAUAAACAACUGUGGAUAAAAAUGAAAUGUAGAGGGCGUUUGUUGUAUUGAUCUAUACGCAAACGUUUCCUAUAAUUGAGGAUUAUGUUUGUUACUCAACGCCGCGCUCUGCAAUAUUGCAGCUAUAUGGCGGCGUUCUGU